AAACAUAAUGGCCCGAAUUCACAACAGUGGUACAAAGAGGGAUUGUACCAUGGGUGUGGUACAAAACCCCCCUCCGAGGUUUAAACCUCUGAUUUUGGUAUUCACAAAGCAGGUUUAAACCCCCGGGGGGUUUAACUACGUCAUAAUUUGGUCUAGAUUUUGUACUACCCUGAGGUGUAGUACAAUCAGUGGUACAAUCAGUGGUACAAUCCCCCGCGCGUGCGCAAACACCACAUCGUCUGCUCUUCUUGAAAUUGGCGCUGAAAUUUUUGAACAAAAAUCACAGACGACAUUUACUGAAAUUUAUGUCAAUCAUAUCGUGUGCGGCAGAAUUCAAAACACGAAUCACAACUGCUGAACAAGAAAGAAAAAUGGCUUAUCUGCAUCACCUUCGCCGCAUCCAGAGAGUGAGAGAGGUACCUCAGCCGAGACCUAUUCGAGGUCUAAGGGAUGCGAAAAAUCCUCUUGAAUUUUACGAGGAUGAAGCGUUUCAACUGCGAUACCGUUUCUCAAAGGAAACGGUAGUCUACCUCAUCAACAUGCUUGAAGGGGACUUGAAGAGGAACACAGAGAGGAAUGAUCCACUACCUGUUUAUCUGCAGGUUUUGACGGCUCUUCGUUUCUAUGCCGUUGGAUCAUUCCAGAAGAUGCAUGGUGACGAGGCAACAGUAUCACAGUCCUCUGUUUGUAGAAUCAUCAAAGAUGUUUCGGAAGCUAUUGCAGGAAGGAAGAGGCAAUUCAUGAAGUUUCCAACAACGAGAGAUGAAAUUGAAACGACCCAGCAGCAAUUCUACGAGUACUGCGGAUUUCCAGGGGUCAUAGGUGCUAUCGAUGGGACUCAUGUCUACAUCAGGAGUCCUGGUGGGGAUCAAGCCCUGUACUUCAUGAACAGGAAGAACAGGUAUUCUGUGAAUGUACAGGUUGUUUGUGAUCAUGCUGGGAAAAUGACAAGUAUCGUGGCAAGAUGGCCUGGCAGCACUCACGAUUCCCGGAUUUUCUCAGAGUGCACACUGAAGGAGCAACUAGAGGCAAGGGCAGAUGGUUCUGAGUUGCUACUUGGAGAUAGUGGGUACCCGUGCCUCCCCUAUCUCCUGACUCCUCUCCUACGUCCUCAAGGACGGCCAAAUGUGCGCUACAAUACUGCCCACAAAAGAGGGCGGUGCGUCAUUGAGCGCACAUUUGGCCGUUGGAAGAGGAGGUUCCCUUGCCUCAAUGAUCUGCGCGUGAAGGUGGACACUACAUUUACAAUUAUAGUGGCUUGCUCGGUCCUUUGGAAUAUCUCUCUCGACCGCCGCGAGCAAGAUAUUCCAGGACCUGAGCCCGAUGAGAUGCCACUUGUCCACCUUCCUCCUGGCCUCCAUGACGCUGUCGCUGGUAGGUUAAGGAGAGAUCAGAUCAUUGAGGAUCACUUCACCCAUUAACAGUCAGUACGCUGCUGCAAAAAAAAGAGCCUGUAUUUAUCGUAGUUGUAUGCAAGCCCAGCGGUCAAUAAUAAUAAUAAUAAUAAUAACUUUUAUUUACCCAGGGUAGCCACUUCAGUUAUGAAACUGAUCUUCCAGCGGGCC